AUGGCCUUUCUAAUUAAAAGUAUGUUGAGCGACCAGGUAAAGAAUUUGGGACUUGGAGGUGGAGGGGAAGAAAACAAAGAAGAAAGCACUCCUUCUGACCCAGCAGCAGCUGCAGGAAUGACCAGAGAGGAGUAUGAGGAAUAUCAAAAGCAAAUGGUUGAGGAGAAGAUGGAGAGAGAUGCAGCGUUUGCACAGAAAAAAGCAGAGCGAGCCUGUCUCAGGGUUCACCUGAGAGAAAAGUACAGACUCCCCAAGAGCGAGCUGGACGAGAACCAGAUACAGAUGGCUGGGGAUGACGUGGGCUUGCCCGAAGACCUGCAGAAGAUGGUGGCAGAAGACCAGGAGGAGGAAGAGGACAAGGACUCUAUCCUGGGGCAGCUGCAGAACAUCCAGAACAUGGACGUGGACGCGCUCAAGGAGAAGGCACAGGCCACGUUCACGGAGAUAAAACAGGCAGCUGAGCAGAAAUGUUCUGUCAUGUAG